CCAGUCGUUUGUUGCACAGGCGUUUUUCGUUCGAGAUGGAGGACGACGAGCAGCCAGUCGAGAUCACGCGCGCUGAAUGAAAACAAUGAUUUCAUAACCAAUUCUGUUAAAAACAGUUUGCAAUGGUUGCCAACAACCUGGUCAGAAAAAUUCAUCGACCGCGCGAGGCCCAAGAGAUACUUGGAUGACAGGAGUUGAUUGCAUCAAAAACAAGUCGGCUUGUUGAUGGAUGACGUGUACACAAAAAUAGGAAAAAUGCGCAACAAACAAGAGAGAGUGGUUCGAUAAGUUUUUCGCUAUUUUUCCCGGAUGCAAGCCUACAGUGAGCUUGUGAAAAAGUUGAAAGGCUCCGUCGCGCGGCCAGUCGACCUAUGGCCGGUGGAGGCUCUACAGGGAGUAAUAGGACAGGAUAGUUCAGGUUCUGCAGAGGCAACAAGAAAAUGAAGCAGUGACAUGAUGUGCUACACUGACUGGAUGACUCUGGUUGAGAAAGAUGACGGCAGAGCAGAUGAAUUAUGGGUUCUAAGAGAUGAAGACCUCUGGCCGGCAGGGAAUAAGACGCUAAAAGUGCGUUUCUUAGACAAAAGGAUUCCGGCGUGGCCUAAUGAUAGACGUGGCUAUAUCACUGAAGAAGAGAUCCUCAUGAUAGCAAAUGAGUGGCAUCAAUGUGGGGUCGAGCAAGGCAACGAUGUUGUGCCAGAGUUUGUGUCAUGUGGUGCAGAUGACAUCGCUGACAUCAGAGUGAAGUUUAUUGAGUCUGGACGCCCACGCUCUAAAGUUGGUACUGCUGCAAGACAGGUCAAAGCUGGAGAUCCCACAAUGCGGCUGGAUCUCAAAUCACCAGAUAAUUGCCCUUCCUUCUACAAGCGCAUCAUUCGACACGAGUUUGGGCAUGCUCUCGGUCUGAAACAUGAGCAUCAGCACCCCGAUGCCCCGCUGCUGACCGACCCUGGAAAGCUCAGGGAGUAUUUAAGGCAGUGUUAUCCUGGUUUCACCUCUGAGCAGAUUGAGAAGAAAAUUCGUGUGCAGUGGGCAGCACUUGCCAGGGGAGCCUCUCAGAAGAGCAAAUACGACAAGGAGAGCGUUAUGCACUAUCUUAUACCGGAAGAAGUAAGAGCCAAUAAAUAUGUAGGACCAACACAGCUUCCGAUUGUUCUGUCUGAAUGUGACAAAACCAACAUUGUCUUGUUUUACUCAAAAGGUGCUGCAGAUGAAGAGCAGACUCCCAUGGGUACGAUGUUAGCCUUAUUUCUCAUGAACUACAGUGAAACCUCUUAAUAAGGGACACAGGGGACACCAAAAGUGUCCUUUAUUCAGAGGCGUUUAAUGUAUACAUAUUACAUUACGGCGGUUUUUCAUAGAGUAGAUGUCCUUUUUCCAGAGGGUUCUUCUCAGAGGUUAAACGUAUAAUUAUUAUAUCAUCUGCAGACACUGGUAGUGGCACUGACAGAGAUAAUGGGCCAGGGGGUUCUAUUGUUGACGAUAGUGGAUAAAAUGGUAAGCAUGCCAACAUCUGUACUGAUCAAUUCAAUUCCCUGUGAUUCCCCUCUCAUUUCAAGGAUACAUAAACUUAUGCAAUCGUAUUUUCAUGCCAAGACCGAUACUUUAUACGUUGCGUCUCGAAGGUGCAUGCAUUGCGCCUGUGCAUGCAAGAUUAACAGCAUGCUUCUUCCAU